CAGGUAUCCCUUCGUUCUUAUGGAUAAGCCAAGCUUCCAUUUUUUUCUUUCCCGACUUGCUGCUGAGCACAAGCCGACAGUAACAGAGAAGAAAAAGAAGCUCUAAGACGCCAUGGCCAUUCCCCUCUCUUCUCCCCGAAGCUUUCUCCUAGGAAACCCUUUCCUACUUCCAAUCCGUCAAAGCAACACCCACAAACCCUUGUUCCCUCAUCGAGCCUCAGCUUCCAUGAACAAAGAAGGCUCCGACGUCCAAUCAACCCAGGGCGAUAAAUUCCCUAUAGCGAAACUGGCAGUGGUUGCGUUGGCUGCCGGCGUUCUGGCUUUGGGUGCGGUAGGGGAUGCGGAGGCCGCGAAGAGCGGCGGUAGAGUCGGCGGGAAGGCGUUCCGGUCGCCGUCGCCGAGGUCUUCAGGCCCGCGAAUUAACAACAGUUCAAGGUUAGAAUUCAUAAAUGAUUGA